GAGAGGAUGGAAGAUUUGAUUAUUCCAAAGAAACCUUCUUUCGUUAUUCUUUGUUAUCCUUGCUACAUGGUAUACUACCCUCCUCCUUAUUCUACUGCCGCCGCAGCUGCUGCUGCUACCUGUACCUCGAUAGCUGAUCCGAUUUUGACCUCCCUGGCUACUGCAUGCUGACAGCUCCAUUCCCCACCCCUGCACGUACCCCCCUCGUUUUCCGUUGCUCGAUCGAUCGAAGAGUGGGCGAUGAGUGUCUCGUACGUGUUUGUAAAUGUCUUCGGAUUCCAAAGUGCCCUCAUCAGAUGCUGAGGAACCUAUCUCGAGGAACGAAGAUAAAAGCAAUGGUGAUGCGGCGGCUGACGAGAUCCUAAACGGUUUGUUGACCCAUGGAAGGAAGACGUGCAGCGUUCAAGCCGCGGGCGACAGAUUAGCUAGCGGAAAUGGGAAACAGAAGAACGGAUAUUCUAAAAGAGCGUCCGGGCCCCUUUUAUCUGGAGUAUGUUAUUGCUUUUCUUCUUGCAGCAUGAUACUGCUGAAUAAGGUUGUUCUUUCCACCUAUAAUUUUGAUGCCGGCGUAUCGUUGAUGUUAUACCAGAAUCUUAUAUCUGUCAUUAUUGUGGUAGCUUUGGGAUUGCUUGGAGUUGUGUCGACAGAAAAGCUCACGUGGAAGCUGAUUCGAGUCUGGAUUCCUGUCAAUGCUAUAUUUGUCGGCAUGCUGGUGACAGGCAUGUACAGUUUGAAGUACAUAAAUGUUGCUAUGGUUACAAUCUUGAAGAACUUGACGAACAUCCUAACAGCUAUCGGAGAGAUGUAUCUUUUCAGGAAGCAUCAAAAUGGCAAAGUUUGGACUGCCCUUUUUCUAAUGAUCAUAUCGGCUGUAAGUGGGGGAGUCACUGAUCUCUCUUUUGAUGCAGUUGGCUAUACAUGGCAGAUUAUGAACUGCAUUCUCACUGCAAGCUAUUCACUAACGUUGCGACGUGUAAUGGAUACCGCAAAACAAUCAACUCGAUCUGGUUCCCUUAACGAAGUGUCCAUGGUGCUACUGAACAAUUCGCUGUCAUUACCUUUUGGAAUUUUCUUGAUCCUGUUCUUCAAUGAGUGGGAGUAUGUCCAAAAAGCGGAUGUCAUCAGAAUACCUAUGUUUUGGGUGCUCUCAACUGCAAGUGGAAUAAUUGGACUUUCCAUCAGUUUCACCUCUAUGUGGUUUUUAAGACAAACUGGCCCCACCACAUACAGCCUGGUGGGAUCAUUGAACAAGAUCCCUAUCUCCCUUGCCGGCAUCUUGCUGUUCAAGGUUCCGGUCAGUGUACCAAAUCUGUUCAGUAUUUUGUUUGGUCUAUUUGCAGGGAUAUUCUUUGCAAGGGCAAAAAUGUCAUGAUCAAUGCUGCAAAAGAGGUCUUUAACUGUGUAGAUAGUGAAUGUUGUGGCCUCUCAACCUCAUCUGCCGUGCAUGUGUUGUCGACGUGCACAUUUGACGUUAUGGUUUCCUCCGUAUAUGAUCCUUAUACCAUCAAACUUCACAGCUUAUAGUCCUUUUCCGCCCUCUUCUCUUUUCUUUUCUUCUUCAAACUUCUUCAUAGUCGCAGCUUAUAUUCCAUUUGUUAUGACAUACAUCUAAUGUUUCAUCAUCAGCGGUAUUGAAGUAAACUAGGACGAGUCAGCUUUCCAAAUCCUCUUCUGGACUUGUUUCAGAGUGAAGCAAAAGCCAUCGAUCUCUCAAGUGUGGAAGGCACGGGAGCAAAGUGGCUCUUUUAAAGAGUCUCAUUAAUUGUAAGCUUGCCUGGCUGUUAAAAGAAAAUAAUCCAUUGAUCACUUGUAAUGAGGUUGUGAUUUGUUUCCUUGGCUUGGUUUUCUCCUCUCUCCUCAAAAGAGCUUCAGUCUGUAUACCCCUA